AUAGUAUUCACAGGUUAGGUUGUAUUUUAGGUAGUCAUAAUUAUAACUUGAACUAAACAAUGCAACGUGUUUCUGAUCUAAUUUGGAUGAGCCGAGGAGUGAUCAAAAUUGGUCAAACAUGCGCUCAAAACACAUGUAAUGAAAUCGGUUUUGCAUUACGGGCCAGUAGUGUUACUGGACCCUUAAUGGAACAAUGUGAAAAGGCAACUGGAGUGUGUAAUGUAUCUGAAUUCGACGAAACAUUUGACAAAAACAUUUUUGAUGAAGAAGAAGUCUUCUCAGAACUUGUCGGAGCAACAGAAGUCAAUGUAGCAUCAACAACAACUGAGCCACUUACUGGCAAAGGUCCAACUCGACAGUACCACACAAGCGCUCACCCUUUCUUAAGACACAACUUCAUGGUUCAUAAAACCAACCCACGAACUUUGGGCAGGAGGUGCUUAUUGUCUCCACAUAACAGGCAUCUUCAUACAUCUAACAGUUUACGUGCGUUUACUGCUGAUGAAUUAGCAGCCAUCGCAAAAGUACAUCGAGUUAGGAAUGUAGAGAAAAAAACAAAGAAACCGGAUUCAAAGAUGGACAAUAUAACUUCGGAGUCGAAAGAGCGAAGGGUUCCGACAUCAAGGCUUGGCCGGUUGGCUUCUUUUGGGGGUCUAGCAGCGAGCAUGGCGAUUGGCUCCUUAUCUGAUGCUGCAAAGAAAUCAAUUGGAGUAUCAGAACAGAAAUCAAACAAAAGCUCCCUGGCUGCUUCAGUAGUGUUGACUGAAGCAAACAUGGAAAAAAUCGUGGCAACACUGUGUAAAGUUCGAGGUGCUGCACUUAAGCUUGGCCAGAUGUUAAGCAUACAAGAUGUUUCUGUUGUUGACCCAAAACUAAUUGAAGUUUUUGAUCGAGUGCGUCAAAGUGCAGACUAUAUGCCAGCCUCCCAAAUGAAGAAAGUUUUAGUUGAAGAAUUUGGUUCUGAUUGGAGAAGCCUUGUGAAGGAAUUUGACGAGAAACCUUUUGCUGCUGCAUCAAUUGGACAGGUUCAUCGGGCGGUGCUGCACAAUGGGAAAGAAGUUGCAAUGAAAAUUCAAUAUCCAGGUGUUGCCGAUAGCAUUAACAGUGACAUUGACAAUCUGGUUUCACUUCUUAAACUCUGGAAUAUAUUCCCAGAACAGCUAUACAUUGAUAAAUUUAUUGAUGUUUCUCGUCGUGAGUUGGCAUGGGAGUGUGAUUACCAACGUGAAGCAGAAUUCAUGAAAAUGUUCAGAGAAGUACUUGCUGAUGAAGAAAUGUAUGGAGUUCCUGAAAUUACACCUCAACUCAGUGGAAAACGUGUGUUAACAACAGAGCUUAUUACAGGGAUUCCUAUCGACCAAGUUGGCAACCUCAGCCAGGAUGAACGUAACUAUGUUGCUGCAGCAGUGUUGCGAUUGGUUUUACGUGAAAUAUUUGAACUACGUUGCAUGCAAACUGAUCCUAACUGGGCCAACUUCUUCUACAAUGAAGAGCAGCAAAAGUUAUGGUUGCUUGACUUUGGAGCAAGUAGAUCCUACUCGAAACAAUUCGUGGAUGAAUAUAUUGAUGUAGUUAAAGGGGCAGCAGAUGGCGACAGAGAGCUCGUUUUAGAGAAAUCUAAAAAACUGGGAUUUUUAACAGGAUAUGAACCACAAGUGAUGAACGAUGCACAUGUGGAUGCUAUUAUGAUCCUCGGAGAGCCGUUCGCAUCGGAUGAUGUAUUCGACUUCAGCACCCAAAACACCUCCAGUCGAAUCAUGAAUAUCAUCCCAGUUUUUAUGAAACAUCGUCUCUCCCCGCCUCCGGAAGAAACUUAUUCUUUACAUCGAAAGCUUUCAGGAGCAUUUCUUAUUGCGACCAAGCUCAAAGCUAAAUUUGCCUGCCAGAAAAUGUUUUUUGACAUUUAUGAAAAAUACUGGCAAGAAAAUGUGAAAACAUCAUAGCAUAUGUUAGGAUAGCAUUUUCUAAACAGAUAUAAAAAAGAUCAUUUUUGUUUCUGACUUUGCAUAUCAUUACCACUCAAAAAAUAUACAAUAUCCAAAAUUAUACAAAAAGCUCUAAAAAUAUACAAAAUCCAAAAUAAUACACAAAACCCUAAUAAUAUACAUUUUUAAUCUUAUAUAAAGUACCAUGUUAUAGAAAUCUGAAACACAAUUUCUUUAAUUUCGUUUAAUACUACAUGUAAGGGGCAAUAUCAGAUUUAAUAAAAUAAAUUGGUAAUACAUUUUUCCUUAAAAUCAAUGCAAAUA